UAAACACACCAGUAUGAACAUCACUUCACAUUUUUUAUUCUCAGAAUUACAGUUUGUUUUGCCUUGUGUUGUUGCUUGAUGAUGAAGCAAAUUCUGCACUUCCUUUUUUUUGUCAAAUCCAAUUAUUACUAAUAUAUCCUUUUUGGUUUGUUUCAAUUUUUUGAGCAGUUUAGAUUUUUUGACAAAACUUAUUUUUAUGCCUACAUUAAUAUGUCAUGAUGUUAUGCAUAGGCGCGUUUGAUAAAAAAGAUAUGUUUUAUAUAGAGUUUGCCUUGCUGCUGACAGGAAGCUGUUACGUGUGUGGUUAGCUGAGAGGAACAACAGAGGGGAAGCUGUUUUGCCCUUUUUUUCAUUUGUGCUGCGCACUCUCUCAGACUUAAGCUCUGARCAAUCGAAAGACGAAAACGAGAGUUAAGGAAGUCUGUUUAUUUUUUUGUUCUAAAAGGGAAUACAGCUCCAUUUAGGCUUGAGGUUCUUCAAGAAAAYUUGAUGACAGAAGAAAACUCCCAACAUCCCACAUUUGAAAGACGAGAAGUGGAUCAAGAGUUUGUCAUGCUGCCAGUGUGAGAUUUUUUUAGAGAUUAAUGUUCCCAUGUGAUGGCAGUUUUAGCAGGCAUUAAGUCAGGAACUGGACAAGGCUCAGGUGAAAAGAGGCUGUCCUGGCCAGUUUUCCUGGUGACUUUAGCUGCUGUCACCUCCUCUUCUCUUUCUGUGUUGUCCUUGUACCAAUUAAUGGCUCUUAGAGCUGAAGUAGAGGUGCUCAAAUCAGACAUCAGUCGCAGGAGAGAAGGACAAGAGGCCAGGCAAACAGGUCAGGAGUGCGUCAUGUCUGUGCAGACUGAAAAUAUCAGUAACAGGAGACGCAUCCAAGAGUAUCCCAGCUUUCUGCGUGGCGUCACCCAAAUAAGGAAGAGGAGAACAUUAUCAGAGUCAGAGAGGUCAGGUUUGUUCAAAGAACUAUCUACAACAGCUUCUCAGUCCUGCCUGCAGCUGUUGGCAAACAAUAACAGAAAACCCUUCAGCAAAGAUCUUCCCUCGGGUCCAUACAUUGGUAUCCCCUGGCAGGCUGGACUGAAGAGAGGCUCUGCUCUGGAGGCAGACAGUGACCGGAUUGUAGUCAGAGAGGAGGGCUUCUACUUUGUGUACAGUCAGGUUUACUACAUGGACAGCACGUUUACGAUGGGGCAUGUGGUUAUCCGAUGGAAAAAAUACGUUGUGGGAAAUGAGGAACCGGAUGUGCAUUUGUUCCGCUGCAUCCAGAGCAUGAACCCUACAUAUUCUUUCAACACCUGCUACACAGGAGGGAUUGUGAAGCUGGAGAAGGGAGACUUCUUGGAGCUUUUGAUCCCCCGCUCUGUGGCCAACGUUUCCCUGGAAGGAGAUUCCACAUUUUUGGGUGCUUUCAAACUGGCUUGAAGUGUGCAAUUUCACACUGGAGCAAACAAAUGUUGAUGCAUGAAAGAAACUGUCAUAUUUGGAGGAGAAAGCAGUGCGGCAGUUCUUGUGGUCUUGAUACAAGACCACUUGAUACAAGGUCUUGAUAAAAUACAGGAAGCAGCUCUUUCUCAUUUGGUAGAAUGACAAGACUAUAUGUGCCUAAUCUUGUGUUGCCUUCACUUGAAAGGAUGUCGUAACUGUCUUUUCUUAGCUUAAUAAUAUUAAAUUGCAUCACUUUUUAGGACAAAGUUCUGCUAAAAUCACCUUUUUAAAUUAACCUUUUUAAAAUUGUAUGUAACCACAAAGCAAACAAGUUCACUUUCAUACAAUAUAAAUCUACAGUAUAAUAUAAUCUGACAUUUUCAGCAGCAUUAUCUUGUUUUUGAAAUUAUUAUUUCUUACAGUAUUUAUGCAACAUUAUGUCUUCUUUUGAAACUUUACCUUCAUAUGACUGCGAUUAAAUUGAGAUGCAAUAAAAUUACAGUUCCUG